AUGAAAACUUCUUUUAUUUUUACUAUUUUCAUCUUUAUAUUGUUUGAAUCUAUAAAUGCUUUUAAUGACAAAGCUAAUGUAAUUAAUGGUAAUUUACAAGAAGACUUAAAAAAAGUUGAAAAACGUCAAUAUAGAGGAAUUUAUUAUGACACUGUAUAUGGUGGUCCAGAUGAAGAUUGUAAUGAUUAUGAUGGUGCUAACUAUGAAUAUCCUGGUAGUGGUGACAAUUAUAAUUAUGGUUAUGAUUAUGCUGGUGAUAAUAACGCCGGUUAUUAUUAUUAA